AUGAAGAGGCCCUUGCCAUCUAAUGACCAAUUAGCGAUUUCAUCAGACGAUUCUUCGUCUUUUUCUUCCUCUGAUGAAGACAUCGAUGUCUUUAGGAGCCAGCAACUUAAUGACGAGCCACCUGAAUUAUCUCCAGAAGCAUGGCUGUUGCGAAGAGCCCAAAGCUACCAAGAGUACAUGAAGCUGAUCCCUAUCCCGAGCAAUCGAAGCACAGUAAUCCCGUACACCUCGUGGACCGGCCUAGGCAGCUCGAUGAAGAAAAUCUACGAGCAGCCAUUGCACUACCUGACCAAUAUCCAGUUGAGAUGUAUGGACCAAGAGAGGCUUGGUGGUGAUGCUGUCCCGCUAUACAGGAUCAUCCACCCGUGCAAGGCUGAGGCCAGCAUCUGGAUCAUUGAGGAGGCCCACCGGCUAACAUCAUCUCCACAUCAGCUCGUCAGACUAUGGGAGGCCAAUACAUCUUAUCAUGCAUACAUCGAUCACAUAUUUCCCCAGCUGAAGGUUUGA